AUGAACGCCGUCGCCGAGGAUGCCGUGGCAUCUAGUACCAAUAUUCAUCAGAUUCAGGAGGGUGACCUCGUUAGGGUCGGGCCGAAUGGCGACCAUGGCAUGGUGGCCCAUCUCCCGGAGCUAUACUACACCGGCCAACCUCUUCUCCCAGCUGCCACGUUCAGGAUUUUCCGUGUCGACGGCACAAUGGAGACCGCAGAGGCACGCGACAUCACCAUCAUAGACAGGGGCUACUUCCGCAGUGGCCAAUUCGUCGUGUCGGCGUCAGAUAUUCAUGGUCGGGUCGGCGUCGUCACGGAAUCCAACACCACGCUCGACCUCGUGAAGGUCGUCAGCCACGGGGAGCCACCGGUCAUGGCGAUGAGCGGGGUGGCGCCGGGAUGCCUGCGGCGCGUCCGAGAGCUCUGCCUCGGCGACUUCGUCGUGUCCGGCCCAUGGCUCGUCCAGGAGUCCGCUCCUCCGGCCUACCAGGAUCCUGCCGAUUUGACCUUCUUCUGCUCCGCCUACGAUUGCUACUGGGGCGUUGGGGAUCGCUGCUUCCUUCUUCGAGACACACAAGAAGAAGCACCGAAAAAGGAGAACACGAUGCACCACCGGAAGCAGCCGACCCGGAAGCUCCUCCAGCUGGAUGGGCGUAGGCGGACGCGGCAGAGGCAGCCGGUGGAGGUCGAGCAACCCAUGAGCGUCGCCAGCACCCGCACCACCGUCGACGUGCUCUGGCAGGACGGCACGAGCCAGAGUGGGGUGCCGUCCACUGCUCUUCUCCCCUACCAGAUGACGAGCGAGCACGAGUUCUUCCCGGGCUUCUACGUUGUCGACGGCGUGGCGCCCGCAGCUGAUGCUGUAGCCGUCGUAGACGAUGCUACUGAACAGACGACUGAGAAGAAGCGCGUCGGCGUGGUCCGAUGCGUGAAUUCCGAGGACCAAACAGUAGGUGUGUCGUGGUUGACAGAGGCCACAGAGAUCGACACCCUGAGCGCCUACGACUUGGCAUUGCAACCAGGUCCCCAUGUUUUCUACGGACGUGUCGUCGUACGCCGGCCGCCAUCGGGAUGUCCUCCUGACGAUGCCGCUGCUACCGAUCUUUCAUGGGUCGGCCAUGUUGUUGACCUCGUUGACGGCCGUGUCCAAGUUAAGUGGGCCGACAACACUGUGUCAUUGGUGUUGCCCCAUGAGAUUAGUAUCGUCACUGAGCAGUACUUCUGGGAACUAGAGGCUGAAAUGGGCGGUGUCGGCGAUGACUGGGUGGAGGUUAACAGCGUCGACGAUGAGUGCGAAGACGAGGAUUCAGCAAAUAGUGCG